CUCUUUACCCGAACAAGUAGGCCUAUAAGCGUUCAUAAUAUCAUAUAGGCAUACUGAAUAUACUUUAUUUCUGCUAAUGCGUAGAUCGCAAGUUAUAUUUAGUUCUUCAACAUGACAAUCAAGUAUGUGAUAGAAAUAAUUAUUCGGCUAAAAAUGUGCUUGUUCAUUACUUGCCUACUUCUCUUUGGCCAGUCUAAUCCAGGAAACACAGAGUGCAGGUUGGCAAAACAAGGUCUGAUUUACAAUCUGACAUCAAAUGACAUUUCGUGUUCCAUAACCACCAAAGUAUUAUGGGAAUUAAAUAAUCAAUGUCUCGUUGAAUGUGUACUAGAUAAAAAGUGCGUGAGUUUUCGUAAAAACAAUGAUUAUCAAGCUACAUUUACAAAAGUGAAUGAAACUUAUUGUCAAGCAACAUUCUCCAUGUUAGUUGUUUCAAGCGAAUACGAAGGUAAAUUAUCGUUAUAUAAACAACAAGACACGCCAGACAACAAACAUGAAGUAUUAUAUUGUUCAAUCGAUUUCUAUGAAAAACUAAAAGAUAUUACCUGUAGCUUUGCGUUUCAAAAUCUUUUGCUAAAUAUAAUCUGCACAACUUUAAGUUCUUACAGAGAAGAGCGUCGCAAGAUGAACAUUAAAUACAAAGAGGAUCCGUCGACCGACGUGUAUUCUUGGAAUCCUUGCGGUAACGUUAUGGAUCAAGAAAAGUUUCGGCCUGUCUGCAGCCAUUCGAUGUUACAAAAAAGAAUUGGUAUUGGUCUUCAUGUUCUCAUUCCUACAAUCUAUCCAAACUUGUCCAAGUAUAAGCAUGAUGAAAUAUACGGAGACAGCGGACAAUUUUCUUUAAAUGUCGAACAACCUUCGAUCUCCUUAAACUGCACUACUGAUGAAAAUAAUGAAAAAUGGAGUAGCUGUGUUGUUCAACGAGAAGAUAAAAGCGAUGUGCAUACAACAAUUACCUGUUACAUCAACGAUACACAAGUUGACUCAAAAAAUGAGAAGCAACUUUUCUUUAAUGUUUUAGCAAGUGAUGUACAAGGACUUUAUUGGUACAGGACCUUGCCAUCACAGGACUUAAUUGGUACAGGACCUUGCCGUCACAGGACUUUAUUGGUACAGGACCUUGCCAUCACACGAAUUAAUUGGUACAGGACCUUGCCAUCACAGGACUUUAUUGGUACAGGACCUUGCCAUCACAGGAUUUUAUUGGUACAGGACCUUGCCAUCACAGGACUUUAUUGGUACAGGACCUUGCCAUCACAGGACUUAAUUGGUACAGGACCUUGCCAUCACAGGACUUUAUUGGUACAGGACCUUGCCAUCACAGGACUUUAUUGGUACAUGACCUUGCCAUCACAGGACUUUAUUAGUACAGGACCUUGCCAUCACAGGACUUAA